CGGGCCAGGCAUCGAAGCGAUUCUGGCUCUCUCCUCUUUGUCUCUGUCUCGAAGGAGACCGCAGUAAUAACGGCCGCGUCAUGGACGAAGAGCGUGCGGAAGCAGCGGCCGUGGACCGCCACGACCCGAGGCCCUCCUCCAUACCCUCCGGCGACGGCUCCGUCUGGGCCGACGUGUCGCCCCUCCUCGAGGCCGCCUGCACAGAUCUUCCAGAUGGCGAACUCAUUCAUGGUGAUAACUUCAAUCUUUUUGCAGCCAUGUCAGCAUUGGAGAUAAUGGACCCAAAAAUGGAUUCAGGUAUGGUGUCCAGAUACUAUUCAGUUGAUGAAGCCAUAGAAAAUGGUGCUGCUCCCGUCCCUAUCAGCUGUGAUAAAACUGGGGAUGUCCAGUGCACAAUUGAUAUCAUGGAUCAUCUUUUAGCAUGCGAGGCAACAUGGCACAAGGGACAUUCACUAGCACAAACGGUCUUCUCUUGCAUCUAUCUUCUGAGACCCGAAAGGACAUCAUCACAUGCGUUAUUGCAUUCUUACAGUAGAAUUAUACGUGCAACAUGCAAGGCCGUUGUAUCGGUUGUCUCAGAUGCACGAACACAUGAAGAAGAGGACCUUUUCACUAUGGCAUACGGCUUGCCUCUGAUUGGUGAAGAUGAAAAGUGCUUAUCUAUGUUAAAUGCUGUUGAAGAAACAAUAGCUCGCCAAUUGCGCGCUUGUAAAGCUCCAUCAUCAGGAAGGAAAGUUAUAGAAGAUCUGGAGCCAUUACAAAAUAAUCUUGCACUGGAAGAAGGCUACUGCAAAGCCAUACUCUGCCGCUUGCGCUUUCGUAAGCACUUCUACCAUGUUCUUAUGUGUCUAAAGCGACCUCAAGGAAGGGGUCUGCAGUUGGCACGAAAACAUAUUAGCUCUUGCUUAUCAGAACUAGAAAUCAUCCGGAAAUCUACAGAAGUACUGCGGUCUAACGAUUAUGGAACUCAUAAUUGUGGGGAAGAUAAAACAACGGCUUCAGGUCGACGGCCGGUGGGAUUCGAUGCUAGUAUAAAUACUAGGUUAUCUGCCCCCACACCACCACGUUCUAUUAAAAUUCUGAGCUGGAGUGAGGCUGUUGAGUAUUUUGUCAAACUUCUUCACGAUCUAGACAUUAUAUGCUCCUUCUCGUUGGAUGCUUCCCUGGAAGGUAUACUGCAGUUCAUGGUCCAGUUUCAGAAGUCUCAUCCCGACUUGGUUUCAAGAGCGCAUCUCCAGACGCUGCUGAUUCAAGAUGGUAAGCUGUAUGGCAGGGAUCCUAUUUUUGCUGUGAUUGCUAAAGCUGCAGGCUUGCCUGAAAUCGUUAGAAACCAUGAUAUUCAGAAUGGAGAAUGUUUGGUUCAUCUAGGACAGUUGGUCAUCAACCUACUAAAAAUUCUUAGUACAAAUGCUGCAUGGCAAAGGCGGAAGCUUGGAAAAAUCGUACAAGAUUGGCGGGUUAUCCAUAUACAGUUGGAGCUGGCUCUUAGACAGGAGAUGGGAGAAGAGUCUGGCAUUUCAGCUGAUCAGAAUGGUCGGGGGGAUAUAUUGAGACAGAUCCUCAUAUGGGUGGAGGAGCAAACUUUCUGGAUAGCUUCUCGUUUCCUCAUGUUGGGGUUUGAGUUGGAGCUCUAUUCUCCCGGUGAAUAUUGCAUGGUGUACUGGUAUAUCUAUGUUGUCUUGAUCAAGCUUGCAGAGAGAAUGCAUCACAAGAUGUCAUUUACCAAUGCCACUGCUAAAUUAAAGGGAAAGAAGAAGAAGGGUUCCACUAAAGAUAUGUCAAGGGAUUUCCAGAUUCCGGCUUCAGUUUUGUUUCUUCAGUCUUAUAUUUGCCUAGCUGAAGGCCUAACAAUGAUGCUCGCUGCUUUGAAAAAUGAAAGGAUGCUCUCUCAGAGUCCAAGCCCUUUUAAUUCAGAUCAUGAGAGAUUUAUUCAGCAUUUUGAACUUCUCCAAAAGGCUGGUGUCCCUGAUCACAUCUCAUAUCAGUCAUUCGAAGAAUCCACUAAGAAUGCUCGCUUCUCUACUCUUGUGAUGUAUAAUUACUUCAAGGAUGCUCAGAGAAUAGCGAAGGAGGUCAAGAACAGUUUUCCCAACGAUCCCGAGAGGCAGUCCGAAUUGCGGAGAAUAGAGCAGGUUGCCGAACAUAACAGCAUUGCUCUCACUGUUCUUUGCCGGCUAGGAAGCCUCGACUCGUCACUCAAGGUUUCUUUCGAUUUCAGCCACCAUCCCUAUUUUGCCACUGCUGUAGUCAAGAGGUCUUAAAGCAUCAACAAAGUCAUGGCCUCUACAAAAUUUUGGUGCUAUGUUGCAUCUAAGAGAAUUGUAGCUGCAAUUUUGUAAUGAGUGUUACAAUUUUCAUGGAAUAAUCAUUGUAAUUGACCUUUAAUGGAAAAGGUAAUAAGUAAAGCAUUGAUAUGAAAAUUAUGUCUAUUCUUUUUAA